UUUUUUUAAUUUGCUAAUGUCUUCAAGUGGCGAGGACUUUGUCGAUUUGGAUCAAGAAUUGUCUUCAUGCGAAUCAACUUCUUCAGAAUCUUCAUUCAAAACAAAACAAAUUAAAAAUAAAUUAAAGAGGGAUAUAAAUAUUAAUUUGAAAGAAUUAGAUGGGAAAGAUGGAGAAGAUUUGCCUGAAAAUGGUUUGUACAAAGUUAUUGGACAAGUUGAUGAACAACCUGUUUUUGAGAGGAAAGCGAACAAGUUUACUGAACCUUGGAUAGCAAAUGCUCACAAAUUUUGUGCAAAAAUGCUUGAUAAUUCUGUCAAUUUAUUACCUUUGGAAGAUCUUCUUAAAUUUGGUUUAAAACAAGAAUUUGUCAAUAAAUUAAAUACUUAUACAAAUGUAUGUUUUCCUGUGCAGUCAGCAGUUCUUCCAAUUUUAUUGAACAAUAAAAAUGGAUUUUUGCCGGCUAGAGAUGUUGUUAUUUGUUCUCCAACUGGUAGUGGUAAAACACUUUGUUAUGUUCUACCAAUAUUAAAUAAUAUUCGUUUUGUUGAAGAUGCUUCAGCAGUUUAUGCUUUAAUUAUAGCUCCGUCAGCUUCUUUGGCUGAACAAAUAUUUAAGGAAUUUGAAAAGUUUAACGUAUUUAAUGCAAAAAUAGUUGCUUUGUAUGGAAAUACAACUUAUUUUCAUGAAAGAUCUGUGCUAUUUCCUAAUAAUUCUUGUAUAAGCCAAGCACAUUUAAUUAUCGCAACUCCUGGAAGGUUAUUGGAUCAUUUAAUGGAUAACGAUGGAAAUUUUAUCAAUUUGUCUAUGCUUCGAUUUUUGGUUAUUGAUGAAGCUGAUAAAAUGCAAGAUACAGCUAGAAUUGAAUGGCUUGAUGUUAUUGAAAGGCUUUCUUGUGCCUCAAUAGCUUCAACAAACAAUUUAUCAAUUUCUUCAUUAACCAAUAAUUUUAAACAAAAUUGUCAUCUUCAAAAAAUUUUGGUUUCUGCAACACUUUUAUUAGAUGUCAAUAAAUUAUAUAUUUGGAAUCUUCGAUGCCCUCAACUUUUUUUGGCUACAGAUAAGGAAGUGGAAGAGGCGAACGUGCAAGAACAACAAAAUGGAGAAAGUGGUCAAAUGAGUAUUUUAUUGCCGGAGUGUUUAAAUCAUAAAAUUUUAAUUUGUGAUCAAAAAUUGAAACCUCUCAUUCUCUUUCAACAAAUUAAAUUACACAUAAAUGAAUGGAAUAAAAUAAUUGUUUUUGUUAAUAAAAAACAAACUAGCUAUCGACUUUCCUAUUUACUACAAAAACUAAACUCGUCAAAUUUGUUCAAAUUAGCUGAAUUAAGUUCAAAUUUACACAGAUAUCGUCUUUUAAAAUUGAUUAAAAGCUUUAGGAAUGGAAAGAUUCGUAUAUUAAUUGCUUGUGAUCAAUUUUCUCGUGGUGUUGAUGUCCAAGAUGUUGAUUGUGUUAUAAAUUAUGAUGUACCAAUAAAUGAACGAAUUUUUAUUCAUCGUGCGGGAAGAACUGCUCGAGCUAUGAAGGGAGGAUUGUUACUUUCUUUGUUUACUAAAGAUGAGAAAAUGAGACUCAGGAAGCAACUAUCGUGCCAUAAUUUGUGGAAAAAUGUCGAAGAAUUAAAUAAUUUUAAAGUUGAAGACGAAGAAGCAAUUAAACAAUACAAAAAAGCUUUAGCACAAUUGGAAAGUGAAUGUUUACCAAAAACUAUUAAAAGGAUAAGGAAAAGAAGAAUAUUGGUAAAGAAUCAAUAG